AUGUCGUUGUUUCUGGGAAAUCUUUCCUCUCACAUUCAUGAAGACGAGCUGGAAAGGGUAUUUCGGCGAUUUGGUUGGUGUGAUGUACAGCUGAAAGAUGGAUAUGGAUUUGUGAUAUAUGAAGUACCUGAAAAUGCUGAGCGGGCUCUUAGAUCCUUGAGAGGGAAACAGAUAUGUGGCGAGAACAUUGCUAUCGAUUGGUCCAAAAAGCAACCGAGGCCAUUCCAACGGUUCUCAAGGGGUAGGAGGCCCUACGAACCAUACCAUGGGAGGAAUUUCCGCGAGGAUGAAAACAGUGAGAGGAUCAGGGAUCCACAGUAUCGUCGAAAUCUUGUAAUGGAUCGUGGGAGGCGUCCAAUGUUUGGACAGAGAGCUCGUCGCUUUGAUGAGACGGAUUAUAAUCAUGAAGAUGUUGGCAAUCAUAGAGAAGAAAAAGCUUUAGACGCUAAAGGGAAGAGCUUAAACGAAGGCGACGCCGUUGAACCUGACACGGCAGAGAAUGACCGGUGGGGGGAGCCUUCCAAUGGCUCACUGGAAAGGAAUGGUGCGGAUCGUGAAGCUGAUUUCGAACGUUACGAGCCUUCGCAUGGUGUUGAGAAGAGAGAUGAUAUCGAAAAUCGUCAAAUUCCUGGGUCAGAUGGUUCCUCUUUGAAAAAUUCACCUGACAAAGCCCAGAGAGAGCACUCAGGUGAUAAACAGCUGGAUAACCUGAAACAGCAACCGAUAUGCUAUAUAUGUGGAAUAGUGGGUCACAAGAUGCGCAACUGCCCUCGUGGCGACAGAUCAAGGCGAGACAGAUUUGGUAGAUUUGGGAGGAGGGACGAUGACGCAAGUUUUCCUGCUAGAGGUGAAAGGGGGUUGAGUAGAAAUGGACCCGACUCCCGGGGGCGGUUCAGUGCUGGUAGAGACACCUUGCUAUCAAGGCCUCACUCUGGUGACGCAAAGGGAUCUCAAUCAGAGAAGCUGAGAAGGCUGGAAAGGAUGAGGGAGAGCUCCCCAGAGAGUUCAGAAGAUCAUCUCCCUAGAGUUAGAAAAGAAUCUAGAGGGAGGAAAAGAGGUAGGCAUGAAAGUGGGGGCUCCAACAAAAAACGAAAGAAAAGAAGCAAAAGAAGGUCGCAGUCAUCCUCUCCACACUCUGAUUCUGCUGCAGGUAGCUCCAGGUCCCGCUCACGAUCCUCUAGAUCCGCCUCUGGCGUCAGCUCCCAUUCGCGUUCAAGGUCUGUGUCUUCUAGGUUACACUCCGAGUCGUCGAGCUCAAAGUCCGUAUCAUCCUACUCCAAAUCAAGAAACUCCGGGUCAAAAUCAAAGGCCAGGUCAAGGACCAGAUCAUUAUCCAUUACACUAGAUAAUAACUUGCCAUCUUUUCCAAAGGAUGCAGCUGCAGCUGCAGAUGCCAUCGACGCAUCUGCCAUGGACGAACUGCUCCAUGUCUCGGGUCCUGAAUCCAAACAACAGUUUGGCGACCAUUUAGUAGGUUCAGAGCUGAAAGGGACAGGGCCGAACGGUGCAUCUGAAGAUGAAAACGUGCUCACUUAUCCCAAGAUGGAUGCUGCCGCCUUGGAAGAACAGCAUCCUGGAGAUGCUUCCGAGGAUGGGAACUUGUUCGAUUUCAGUAUGGAAGAGAAGGAGAGAGAUUUGUGCAUGGAUCUGCUAGACAAGGUCUCAUAUUCUUCAGAAAAGUCCCUGGAGAACCUUGGAGAAGAGGACAAGGCAGAGGAAGCUCAGUCCCACAAGCUGGACCUGGAGAUCCAUGGUGGGUACCCCGACAGCAGAUCUUCGAAUAUGUCGUUCCAGGAGAUGUGCACCGUUCUCAGGCACUAUGGGCUGGCGGCUCCGGAUGAGAGUAGUGACCCAGGCUCGAGAUCAGUUGGCGCCUACUUCGGAUCCGCCCGCUUGUGGCCGUGGGAGAUGGUUUAUUACCGUCGGCUGAAGAAAGGUCCCAUCACCACAGAGAACUACGCCAGGCGUCUCGCGCAGAACAAGAAAUUCGGCAUCGUAGAUAAAUUCAUCAGAAGCAGCAGUGGCUGGGGAGAUAGCGAACAGGACGACAUUUGA